ACAUCAUUUCGCAAAUAUGACAGCCAGUAUUGUUGAUGUUCUUAGUUGUCAACCCGACUUUGAUAUGUCCACUGAUGUUAGUGAUAAUAAACUUGUUCGAGUCACACCCGAGUACACCCAGCAGCGUCCAGAUGGCCACAUCAAACGUCCAAUGAACGCUUUCAUGGUCUGGUCCCAGAUUCAGCGUGCCAAGAUCGUGAAGGAGAAGCCCAAUAUGCACAACGCCGCCAUCAGCAAACAGUUGGGAUCCGCCUGGAAACAGCUUUCUCCUGACGAACGUCUUCCUUACAUCAUCGAGUCCCAGAGGUUAAAGCGAGUACACAAACAACAGUAUCCUGAUUACAAGUACAGACCAAAGAAACGCUGCAGGACUACCAAGGAAGAAUCAGAUCCUCCUAUGAUCAUGAGAAAACCAGCCGUCAGCCCACCAACCUCUCGUCCCAACUCCCCGGCUGUUGUUGGUUGUAGUUCGCCACCCUCUAGACCAACCUCUCCUCCUGCCGCCCCUAAAUCUGUCCUUUCAGCCAGACUGUCAGCCAAACUCCUCCCCAAGACAGCUCUACCUCUCUCUGUCUCCACGAGGACCAAAUCUGCCUCAACCUUCUCUCAGAAAACAUCGACCUCCUCCAGAUCUUCAACGCUGGAAACCUCAGUGCCGAGGAAGCGAACAACUCGUCACAUCAUCUCCCCUGUUGUGACAGCCACACAGCCUCUAACCAGACAAACUUACUCCCUUCCACAAAUCAAGAGGAAACGGUCGCUCAAGAUUGAGAGAUCGACAGAAGCCAACGAUCGUUUCGAGUUUGUGGAAUCGACCCUACCCAGAAAAGUUGUUCAUACCGGAAUCAAAAGGUUCGUCACUGUUUUGGACCCACAAAAUGGGAACAGCCGCCGGUUCAAGAUCACGUCCACCUCUGCCUCCUCCUGCAGCAGUCCUUCCUCUAAACCCAGCCCUGAAUCUCCCGUCAAGCAGAGUCCUAAAUUCCAAGCCCGCUCACCAGUUCUUCCUCACGAGUCCCAGAUAAUAUCGGAACUAGGCCCGCCCGAUGAGAUCCUCAGACCCAGCUACAAUCUCGACACGAAGAAAGUGGAACAGUCUACCUGUUUGAUCGACACGCUCUACUUCGACAAUUACAUGGACUACUUCAUGGGGACUAAGACCGAUACGGAUUGUUCCCAAUCGGACUAUACCACGGCUGAGGUUUGGAACUUGAUUAAGUUAGAGUCUCCUUUUUACAGUACCACUUGUUGUUGAUAGUUUUGGGCUGUCUAGGUAUGAAAUGUACUCUAAAUUAUGAGGGUGUGGCUCUCUUUUACGUGUUCUCUUAUUCUAAGACCCAGAUUUUAUAAGUUAUGCGCUAAUUACCUGGCAGUAGGCUAUAUGUUUUUAACUUGAAAGGCUAUGAAAAAGUUAUUUGUACGGCUUUUGAUUUUGACCUGACGAUAAUUCCCUGAAUCUCAUUAAUUACAAUUAGAGACCCCUUAAUUGUGUUAGGGACGCUCCCUAUGUGAUAAUCUGAUCGACUGCUGAUGUUUCCAUACCAAUCUAAAUUCCAACCCAUCUCAUUAGAGCUAUAAUGCCGCUAAUUGCUUGGCAUUUGGCAGGCCACUCUUGCAGAAAAUUGAUAUAAUAACGCCCCUAAAUUUGAAAAAAGAAUCCCCCAGCUCCCCUCAAGAUUGAUUCAAAUUAAAUCACACCUUUCCUAUCUCAUUGCACCAAUCAAGUCACAUGGAAAUGACACUGUCAAAUUAGACGUCCAAUGUCUAACUUUCAACAAAUUACCACCCUGGUCCACUCUCACCAUUGUACAACGUCUCACCUAAUUAUAGCUAGUAAGAUUAGCUUAUCAAUCCUCAAUAUAAUGAUCUUAUUUGCGCAUGAGAAUUGAGACAGAUCGAACUGUGCACCGUCUCUUGUAAUAACUGCUAUCGGUACAACUGUCUUAAUUGUUCGUACCAGAACUUUGUAAGUGUAAUUAGUGAAUUAGAAGCUCCAAAUAGGACCUCCUUCUCUCUGCCUCUUCAAAUCCACAAAAUUAUACAAACAAUUCCCCGAUCUUGCGAUUAAUCGUCCAUUGUGUCCACAUGAAAUAGUUCGUAAAAUGAAAUUAUCAUUAUGAGGGUCCUGCUCUAUAAUAGUACAGCUCUAUUAUAAUGACUCAGCUGUACUUUACCGGGGACUCUGGUACAUUAUGCUCCUUUAUAAAUACUAUUAUUGUAGAACUCUGAAAGGGAGCCCUGAGGGGACCGCCUAAACAACAAUCACAUCUCUCUCUUUAGCUCUGUUAUAGUAUCCUAUAAUACACCUUGUGAGCUCCUGGUAAUAAAAAGCGGUAGAGGAUUACAUUAUAUUUCUUAACGAUUAUUCCUUUAGGGGAGUCUCAACUACCACGAUCUUGAUCUACUAAGUGGUUGAUUCAAGUUUAAAUCUGUAUGGCAUCUCUCAUAAAUUCUCAAAUUGCGUCGGUAGUUCAAAUCAUAAAGUCCUGUCUCGCCUUCUACUUGAACUAUCGAAGGCUUAUUUCUCAUUAAAUUUAAGACUUCAAUAUUAAAUGAAUAUUUAAGAAUUACAAAAGUCAAUCAGAACAUGAACGGUUUGAUAUUGGUAAAAUGUAAAUCUUGGAAGAGUUCUUGUGAACCGUUAAAUCUUUUAAAGAUCGACACGAAUAAGGCUUGAAAUUGGGAGCAUAUACUGUAAACUUAUCACCACCACUUCAUUGUAGAUCAAUAUAUUAUUUGAACUUAGUAGGCGCGAAACGAUUAUCAGUAUAUCCACUUCACUCGGCUGUAUCCCCCCCUCUAAGUGUAACCUCGACCUACAACCCUUCACUUUUAACUUACUGCCAUAAUAAGCGGGUCUAACUAGACGUAAAUACAGCGUCUCCCCCCACAUAGCCUCCUGUAUAGUUCCAGACUUCCGUCUGGUCGGGUACCCACCCCUCCUUACCCUUGCCAGGACCUUGUACUCAGAUUAUUAUAGUGGGGUAGUGGCUCUCUGAAGUUCAUCUCCCAAAUUAGUAUCCGGUUAUGAGAGGAAGAUUGGGUUCCAGCCCCCGUUAUAUUCCCCGUGUAGGGAGUGUAGGAAUUUAAUGUACAACACAAUUUUAAUCUCGACCACCAAUUUCCCGUGUUAUACAAGCCAUGGCCAUUGGCCCUACAUUCUACAAGAACCAAAUAUGUUGUGUAUUUGUGUGAGGUUGAGGUGAAGUAAAGUUGAUUAAGUUCUUGAACUGGUGCUCACGGUAAGGUUUUGAAGGACUCUAAAACAAAAUAAAGCAGUUUUGGAUUACUGUAAUUCGCCCUGUUUCAUAAAUAGUCAUGAUCACACCGGACUAGCUACACGGAUACUCACUUUACAAUUGCAGCUCUAAAUUACAGUAAAUGGAUCCCUUAUAUUAUAAUGGAUCCCUUUUAUAACAUCACUUAUAAACAUUAAACGGUUAAAAAGUUAAGAUAAAACACCGCUAUAUUAGCUCUGGGAAACAUCAGCAGUAAGGUGAUUGUCGGCAUUAAGCGGUUAUACCUGUCUCUGAUUGUCAAUGUCUAAUUGUUUGAUGGGUUUUAAUUUGAGAUCCUGAGAAUCGUUUAACGGGACUAUCGGAGCUUAAUGAUGUUUGGUGUCAUGUGUCAUGACUCAUGGGAGUCUUGGUGGAUACUAAUUGGGAAUUAAGGUGUGAGAAAAACUUUAUCGUGGGAUUAGAGAUAUUAACAUGACACUCGGCUGCCAGAAAAUGUGCAGUUUUCCAAGGAAUUUAUUUAAGUAUUUAUUUUCGGGCUUAUUUAAUAUAUUUGAUAUAUGACAUGCAAUAAAUGCAUGCGGGUAUGGAAUUCUACAUAUUUUGCCCCUUGAAAUCAUGAUUAUCAAAUGAUUUUAUCGGCACCCAACCUCUUUUUUUUGUAUCAUUUGUUAUAUAUGCUUUGUGCCAAAUUCAAUUAUUUUUGUAUUCUCUGCUAUUUGGUACUGCGUAAAAUGUUUAAAAUAUGUUAUACAAACUUGAGAUACUUUUAAGAGUUUUGUUUCUUUGUUAAGUUAUUUUUGGUUAUGAUAAUGAUAUAUAGUAUUAACUAUUUGAUGAUGAA